AUGGACUGGAGAAUGACAAACUUUCUACAGGAGUCGUUCCAGCACUAUCAGGUAAUUUCAUUAUUUAACCGACAAGAAUCCGAGGUCAAGGUGUUGUCAGGUAUAUUGCACAAGUUUCUUAGGGCACAAUUCCAACACCACAAAGGUUACUAUUUAAUUGCCAACAUCCGAAGGCUAUUGUUACGGCUGGGACUACUAGCAGCAGCUAUCUUUGUCGCGGACGCCGUCCAGGGCGCAUCAUCACCGGGCCGCUUCAUUGGCCUCGCUACGACCGAUAAGGAUAUCAAGGAAAGACUAGUCUCGAUCGAGAAACUCAUCCAGAUUUUCUACAAGCAGCCGACUAUCGUGAACGGAAGCAAGCAGUUGGAGAUACAGGCCGAAGACAUUUCAUUUGACCGAGUCUCGUUCUCGUACGAUAGUGAGCAUAGAGCAAUUCGCAAUGUCACCUUUAGAGUCCCAGGUGGAUCGAGCGUUGCCAUAGUUGGAGAAAGUGGUAGUGACGAUGUGCAAGAAGGUGUCAUUCAGAUCGAUAAUCAGGACAUUCGAGACGUCACCCUCUCCAGCUUGAGGGAGCAGAUCACCAUCACUCCUCAACAUAUCGAGGUGUUCGACCGGUCGGUCAUGGAAAACGUCCAAUUCGGGAGACUUGAAGCAUCAAAUGAGGAGGUCAUCGAAGUAUGCAAAGCAGUAGGACUGCACGACGCCAUUAUGAAAUUUCCAGCGAAAUACGAGACAGGGGUUGGUGAACGGGCACCACACUCAGCGGCGGGCAGUGCUAACGGAUAG